CAAGCCGUGAAGCAGACGGCCGCCUCGGCGGGCCUGGUGGACGCGCCCGCUCCCGCGCCCGCCGCCGCCAGGAAGGCCAAGGUGCUGCUGGUCGUCGACGAGCCGCACACCGACUGGGCCAAGUGCUUCCGGGGCAAAAAAGUUCUUGGAGAUUAUGAUAUCAAAGUUGAACAGGCAGAAUUUUCAGAGCUCAACCUGGUGGCCCAUGCAGAUGGGACAUAUGCUGUGGAUAUGCAGGUGCUCCGGAAUGGCACCAAGGUUGUCCGGUCCUUCCGGCCAGACUUUGUGCUUAUCCGGCAGCAUGCAUUUGGCAUGGCAGAGAAUGAGGACUUCCGGCACCUGAUUAUUGGCAUGCAGUAUGCAGGUCUCCCCAGCAUCAACUCACUGGAAUCCAUUUACAACUUCUGUGACAAGCCAUGGGUGUUUGCCCAGCUGGUUGCCAUCUACAAGACCUUGGGAGGAGAAAAGUUCCCACUCAUUGAGCAGACAUACUACCCCAAUCACAAAGAGAUGCUGACACUGCCUACGUUCCCUGUGGUGGUGAAGAUUGGCCAUGCUCAUUCAGGCAUGGGCAAGGUCAAAGUGGAAAACCACUACGACUUCCAGGACAUUGCUAGUGUGGUGGCUCUCACCCAGACAUAUGCCACAGCAGAGCCUUUUAUUGACGCCAAGUAUGACAUCCGAGUCCAGAAGAUAGGCAACAACUACAAGGCUUAUAUGAGGACAUCCAUCUCAGGGAACUGGAAGACAAACACUGGCUCUGCAAUGCUGGAGCAGAUUGCCAUGUCAGACAGAUACAAGCUGUGGGUGGAUACCUGCUCUGAGAUGUUUGGUGGCCUAGACAUCUGUGCUGUCAAAGCUGUACAUGGUAAAGAUGGAAAAGACUACAUUUUUGAGGUCAUGGACUGCAGUAUGCCACUGAUUGGUGAACACCAGGCGGAAGACAGACAACUCAUCACCGAACUGGUCAUCAGCAAGAUGAACCAGCUGCUCUCCAGGACCCCUGUCCUGUCCCCUCAGAGACCCUUAACCACCCAGCAGCCACAGAGUGGAACAUUUAAGGAUCCAGACUCCAGCAAGACCCCACCUCAGCGGCCAGCCCCUCAAGGGGGCCCUGGGCAACCCCAAGGAAUGCAGCCCCCAGGCAAGGUGCUGCCUCCACGCCGGCCUCCCCCUGGACCAUCACUGCCACCUUCCUCCUCUUCCUCCUCCUCCUCUUCUUCCUCCACCACCCACGGAGAUGCGCCCUCCAGCAGCAGCUCCCUGGCAGAGGUCCAGCCACCCCCGGCUGCUCCACCACAGAAGCCCCAGCCUCACCCACAGCUCAACAAGUCGCAGUCCCUGACAAAUGCCUUCAGCUUCUCUGAGUCCUCCUUCUUCCGGUCUUCAGCCAAUGAGGAUGAAGCCAAAGCGGAGACCAUCCGGAGCUUGAGGAAGUCCUUUGCCAGCCUCUUUUCAGAUUAGCUCUCCAGAUACACGGGGGCACCUAGCCCAACUGGGAAAGGCAUCUGAGACAUUUGACAAUAGUCAGCCAUGCUUGGUGGUGAUGUCCCAUAACCUUGAUGUGUGUGCCCCUUCCUCUGCUCCGUUGUGCUAAGUGCUAUUGUGCAGCGUAGAAAAGACGAUGUGAAAGUCUCAGGGCAGGUGCCUAGCCAGGAAAGGGCACCUGACUUCAGGUAGAAUAGAGCUGCUUUCCUGUAGUCUUGAGAGCUUCCUCUGAGCUCAUCAUUUGCUGUGAUUUUAGUGGCCUUACUGUGACAGCGCCAUCAUGUCUUACUCUUCUUCGUGAAACCAGAAUUCCCUUCACUGAGGACUCUUGGUAGCUUAACCCAGCUCAGAUGCACUGCUAAGCAUGCCCCCCGCUUUAGUCAGUGCCACCUGUUUAGGGAGCAUAUACUUACCCAAAAAUGCGCUUGGCUCUAAGUGUUAGGAACCUACCCACACUUGGAUCCCUUGUCAUACCUGUUCAGCUGUUUGAAACACACCUGCCCAACACAAAACAUUCCUCCACCACUAUUUUAGUCUGUUGAUACUGGAGAGAAUAAGGAUCUGCAGUGUCCCCCACCCCUUUUCUCUCCUCUGGAGAGCAGUUCUUACGUGUGUGCUGCAGCGAUCUAGAGCUCUGAAGCUGCACUGUAGAGAAUGCAUGCCACUGUAACAGCAGUAUGCCGAGUUUUGUGUUCAUCUCCAAAUAAAUGUUAAGACCUUUGGUGUAAUAAAAGCAGCAGCAUUAACCAGCA